UUUUUUUGCUGUAAUCCAAAUUCCCAGGUCUUUAGCUUUUUUAGUUAUUGUCAGACCAGAUUUUUUUUGGUAAUGCUUGUUUUUCUUGGUCUCUCAUAUUCUUUACCAACAAUUUUGUUUUAUCUUUGUUCAACUUAAAUCCUGUCACCUGACCAAACUCCUUGCAGUUCUUUCUUAGCAUCCUGCAGGAGAAAAGCUGCAACAUUUGAAGUCAGCUCACACUGUUAUUGCUAAGCUUAGUUUUCAGUGGCUCAGAGAAUCUUGAUGUCACAAUCUUUCUAUGCAACAAUUGUGAUGCCAUCAAGGAGAUCUCUCUUUCUAGAUCAGCAACUCUUUUUCUUCAGUGCUUUUCAACAAGUUUCACUCUAGUAAUAUCAGGAAAUAUACACCAGGCACUUUAAGUCUGUGGCUAUGUACUUUUUGGGUCCAGGGGUGCUUUUGGAAUUUUGAGAAGGUGACAAGGGCACCACUCACAAAAUGGCUGCCACCAGGAGUGUCGUCUGACCCAAAAUGGCUGCAAUCCCCAAUAGGGACAUCUGCUUUAGAGAUGGCCUUGGCCCCCCUCAUCUUCCUGGCUGUGCUAGCUCUAGUUCAUCACCCCCUGAUGGUCAGUGAUCACACAGACUUGGCCACACUGGACCGGCUCCAGGAGCGUGAGAAGCUGAUGAAAACAGAGAUGGGACGCCUGCAGACAGAAGUUGACCAAAAGGGCUGGAGCUGGGACCCAAGGCAGAGCCGGGAGGAUUGGGUGACAACCGAUCCGGCAGCAGAGGAUGGAACCUGGGAUGGGUGGCACUACGUAGCGCUGGUCAUUCUCAUCCUGUUUGGGUGCUGCGGACGCACCAUAGAGAAGGAACCCGGUUAUGACUGGAGCACAGACAGCUCCAGCAGCACCACCUUUGGUGAAGAAGACUAUGACGACACUGACACGGAAUCCGAAUGCGACGAAUCCAAGCAAAAAAUGCUGGAGACCUUCUGUGACCAGCACGUUGAACUGGAAACCAGUGGUCUGACCAGCACGUGUGAUUUUGUGGAGACCUUUGUGAAUGACUUGCUGGAGGCUUGUCGCGGAGCCCUUCCCUACCAGAACAUCCACCCUGUGCUGGAGAAUUGCAUCGGGGUGGACAGUGCCUUUGAAGGAUGGCACACCCAGACGCCUUCCAAAGCUUUCCGCGUUCUCGUGCCCGUACUGCCACCCAAGGGGCACUCUUUCCACAUUGAAACUAGUGAAUCUGAGGGUGCCCCAAGCACACAUGGACACAUCUUGGUGGAGACAGAAUGUGUGUGCAAGAGAGAGAGGUUCCUGGGGGACGUGGUGUGUUUCCUUCACCACCCAGAGCAAGAACUGAGCAGUGGCAAGCAAGGAAUCUUCCUUUUCCACGUUUUGUGCACCAGCUUCCACUUGGAUGUGGAGAAAACCAUCCACUGGUUCCAAGGCCUGGUGGGCAAGGCCUGGCCCAGUAUCCAGCCCUGGUACAACUUUGACCUUGUGCCUCAGCCUUCUAAUUCAACAUGUCGACUGAAAUUGGUAUACCAGUCAGGCACGUCGAUCUCUGUUGACAUCAUACUCGGGGUGCAGCAAGGAGACUCCUUGGUCUUCCUUACCACCCAACCUGCCGAGAUGGAUCGUUUGACUGGCACUGUCUGGCAGAAGUCCUAUGCUGUCCAGGAGCUGCUCUUUUUUCAGUGGGUGAGCCUGCGAGUCCCAGAGGAGAGCUGCCACCUGAAAUGUCUCCAGAUCAUAAUCUAUUUCAAAGAGUCCAGCCCAUCAGAGGGGAAGAACAUGGUGCUCACCAACUAUCACUACAAGACUUGCCUGAUGCAUCUCUUGCUCUCUCAGCCCCCGUUGGACUGGGGCCCUGAGAGCUCUGCACAAAGACUUCAGGACAUCCUCUUGUAUAUGCACACCGCCCUGCAGGAGAGAUAUCUUCAGCAUUUCGUUAUUGGUAACAUCUCCUUGCCUAUCCGGAUCCCUAUGCCUAAUGUCCUCCGGAGGGCAACACCCGUAAAUCUUUUCAGGCACUUGGCAGAGGACCCAAACCUUCAUGCCAAGGCAAUGAAGGAGUUUGCAGAGGUUGUACAACCAGUGAGGGCUCUGUUGACAGGGUACCGACAGUAGCAAAAGUCAGCUCUGUUAGAAAG